UAAAACGGAGGGUCGGCUACGUGCGCUACAACGGCGCCUGCCAGUGUCGUUGAAGCCCUCAUUGCGCGGCGUUGUCGUGGAAUUCGGUGUGAUAGCCGUGAGUGUUCCUAGCAAGAAACAAUGAAAACCCUAAAUUAGCGAAGAAGCAGAGUUUAAAGGGCUCUCUACGAUCAGGGACGAGUUCUGUUCGCAAGUGUACGUACGCAUACACAAGUAAGCGCGAGCCGCGCGUCGUCUCGUGCGUGCGUUGCUCGAUCAGCAGUGAGUUGGUUGGCAAUACGUGCGGCGGGAAAUACGAGCGAGGUUUUUGGCGCGCAGCGUUAACUCGAGGCGCGACCGUCAGAUGGCCGAUACCGGCGCAGCGAGGCCGACGGCGACGAGGAAGCAGUAGCCAGCCGACGUUAGGAGGACAAUUGAAGUGCUGCUAGCGUAGUAGGUGCUGCUGCUGAAAGUAGGCUCUUUUUCCGGAGCCACUCUCGCGCUCACGCCACAUACGGCACCAGUUGUCCAAUCUCCGCUCGGCGGCAACGGCUCUGUCUUUCUCGCUCUUUCUCGCACUCUCUCUCUCUCUCUCGCGCGCGCUCCGUCGUGUGCGUGUGUGCUGUGCUGCUGCUGCUGGUGCUGCUGGCAGAAAAUGGCGAGGCGCCACUGACUGACGGACUGCUAAGCUUACUCGUACCUGGCUGCAUGUUCCCCCCUUUAAACGAGCCCGGAGGAUGCCGCGAGGAGCAGCUUGAUACGCCCAGCAGCCGCACCAGCCGUUGUCACUCACCAACACCAUGCCACGUGUUAAGAGGCAAGUGAUGCUUGAGGAUCUCGCCAGACCCGUUACGCCCGACAUGGUCGAGACAAAAUUAGUCAAAACAGAGUUCGUCGACGUAGACGGCCUGUACGAAGAGGGCCAGCCGCUAAAGAUUCCCGAGGAGACACCUAGUCCUCACCUACAGGAUCACCAGUAUGGCCAAAAUCCUUGUCCCUAUCCAGACAGGAGAAGAUGCCCUCAGCCCUCGCCACGGACUGAGGACUAUCAGUAUGGCCAGACCCCCUGUCCGUACCCAGAUAGAAAGAGACCCGUUCAGCCCUCGCCACGGACUGAGAUGUCAAAAGAAACAGUCAAACGAAGACUGAAUCUGGAAGUAGGACCUAGUCCAUCCACCUUUAAAGCUCCGAGGGGCAAACGCAGAAGGUCGGGCUCGAAUUCCCUCACAGGUCACACUCCCACGAAAAGUAAGAACGUAGAAAGGACGCGCUACGACACAUCGUUGAGCUUGCUGACGAAGAAGUUCCUGAACCUCGUGGAAGACAGCCAUGACGGUGUGGUUGACUUGAACGUCGCGUCGGAAAAGCUCGAGGUGCAGAAGCGUCGCAUCUAUGAUAUCACAAAUGUACUCGAGGGUAUCGGCAUUCUCGAGAAAAAGAGCAAAAACAACAUCCAGUGGAAGGGCGGCUGCUUGCCGAGUAAUCAAAGCGACAUACUCGACCUACGAAAGUCGGUGGCUGAUCUGGAAGCAAAGGAAAAUGCCCUUGAUAGGCUGAUCCACAGUGCGCAAAAAGAAUUGAAUGAGUUUACCGCCGACCGUACCUACGCCUAUGUCACGUAUCACGAUUUGCGUUCCGUCGCCGCAUACAGGGAUCAGUCCAUCAUGGCCGUGAAGGCGCCACCCGAGGCCACACUUCACGUUCCUCAGCCUAUCAACAAUUUUGGCCAACCCAAGCUCCAAAUUCACAUGAGGUCGACGCAUGGAGAAAUCGAGGUAUUCCUGUGCCCAGAAGACCCAGGAGUAAAGGCACCACUGACUCCGGGAUGCACGACUGCCGUAGCGCCGACGUCAGCGACGACGACGGCAGCCGCAGCGGCUGCUGCGGGGACGGUCGUAACAGUACCGAGACCACUGACACCACAGUCGCCCGUGACCAGAGUCGAAUCGUCCAUAUCCCAGGAAUUCCUAGUUCACAAUGGUGGCGAUGUAAAGGUGGAACCGGUGCAUGCUACAGAAAGCUGCAUGCCAUCCGAACAGACUAUGCUCUCGGUACUCAACUCGACUGGCAUGAGGGACGCACUGCUCUGUGAGUCUGACGACUUCGGCAUCAUGGGUGGCGGUAGGCUUCAACUACAAACCGACGAUCAACAUAUAUCCUCAGACAUGAGUAUCCUCGACUUUACCGAGUCUCUGCUAUCACUGGAACCGCCUCUUUCGGAAAGCGACUACUCGUUCACACUGGGCACAGACGAAGGCCUUUCAGAUCUCUUUGAUUUGCCGUUUUAAUUAUUGGUAUUACGAAGACUAUAUUUGUAUCGAAUUUUUAAUGAGUUGAGUUCGUCUGCGUUGGGAUUUUAUUUGGUCCUCUGUCGAACGCAACUUCGUACUUAGUGGUACCUGUCCAGGACUCAUCGGAGUCGUUAUUGUUAUAAUCUGUUUUCAUCUCGGUUUCAUCGUACAUCAAACGAGGCAUUUGAGACUCGGUCAAUCUCACUCGGCUUUUUCCAAUUUAUAUCUUAUCAAAAGAAAACUUACAAAACAACAUUAAACGUAAAAGUACACAUAUCACAAGUUGGCAGUAUAUUGUAUCAGUUUUUUAGAAUAUACUUUAAUUUAUCAGGGAACUGAUAGUUAUUGAUUGAUUGUGGGACUAAUUGCCAAGGGCUCUUUCCGUGCAAUUUAGAUUUCUGUACAGCAACGCGGUAUAAAAGUUGCUCAAUUUAUCUUUAAUACAAAAUACCAAUUUGAAAGAAUAUAGGAUGCGAGACUGUUUAACUUCUACAAUUAUAAGUUAUAUAAUGCACUUUUUUGGCGCGGAUCGUAAGUUUGCAAAGCAUCUUAGAUCUGAAUUUGUAAUAUAUUAAUUCGUUUUAUUUUUCGCGCUUGAGUUCACAAGAUGAACGCAUUUGAUCUAAGACUUUGUAAUGCAAACCAAAUCUUGCAGACUCUUCUGAAAAUGAAACUAUGCUCUAAACUAUUACGAUAGCCUUUAUUUUUUUCUUCGCUAUAUAUAUAAACAUGUGAACUAGUAUGCAUGAAUGUGUUCUUAUGUAUGCGUUAAUAAAAAAAAUUGAUUAUAUAGAAUUAGUCAAUCGGAUUAAGUUAGUCUUAAUUAGAUUUUUGUAUAAUUAUUUUUCGUGGUUCAUUUUGUAUCCAUGUACCUUGAAUAGGCUCACGUUGCAUUAUGAAAAAAAUAUAUAAAAAAAGUACCUUAUUUCCGUUGAUUAAUUAUUCUUCGGCGUUAAUUCAUGUAUAGACUCAUUACACCAGUAAAAAAAACUCAAGUAUUGAAACUAAAAGUCGCGUCAAUCGAAGAAGAUUCUUGGAAUAUGUCGACAAGGAUAACAAAACAUUCAAAUAUCGCAAUGAUUGUCUACGAUUCAUCCAGGAUAAAACGUCAUUCUAAACCUGAUUAAAGGAUUUUCAGAGAAAAUUUGUUCACCAGCCUAGAACAAGUAGAGCAAAAACUGGACUACAUUGAAGCAUUAACAAACUGAUUCUAUAAUUUAAGAGUCACUUCAUAAAUAUUGUCGACAGUUUUACUUGCUCAGUCACUCAGAGUAUCACGUCUUAGUGCAAUCAAAAUCAUUAAUAAUUGAAACUUGUUCAUAUGGAAGUAAUUUUAAACUGUACAUUUUUUGCACAAUUACGCUAUAUCUCUCAAAGCCACCUCGUGAAUUAAUGUUCGUUGAAAAUCCUUUGGAUGUACGAUAAAUACAUCCCAAGCCAUAGUGCCUACACACUAUAUAAAUCACUUCUGCAAUUGUAAAUACUUUAUAUACCUAUGUAUGUAGAAUUGUAAGGACGUAACGGUAUCAACAGACAAGCAAAUCAGUACUGGUAACUCAGUAUGCUUAUCAUGAACUGUAUCAAAUUAUUAAUUAUUUUUAAUUUUCAACACUUAUCUCCAUGAAUAUUAGCAUUAUUAUUAAAUAUUAUAUUAAUGAUUGUCAUUAAAAAAAGAAAUUUUGAAUGAGAGAAUGUUAGUUUAUAUAGUUACUUAUAUCUAUUUACUUGAAGAGAAUGUCUUCAUUUUUGAUUAUUUGAAACCACAGUCUUUUCAAUAUUCAUGUGUUCAUUAAAAAAUGAAAUAAAAUUUCUCGAAAUAAGUUCUCAUACAAACAUGUAGAUUGAUCUCUGAGAAAAAAGAGUAGUAAAAUUACUUGCAAAAAACUGCGCAAAUACUUUUGCUUGAUUCAAGAUUGCAUUAAUUACAGCCAUGUGCUAGAAUCAGAAAAAAAGUACAAAUAAAUUAAAAUUCGAACUUUGAUUUAUAUAAAACUUUUUGUGUUUUGAUUUCAUUAUUCGGGUGAAGUUUGUAUUUGAGAACAUUUAACAAUAAGAAAAUUACCCUUGAACUGUUUUAUUUAUUUUUUUUAUCAAAAUUAAACAUGGAAAAACACUUGAAUAACCGAUUUUCUUAUAUAAUUUAUACAUAUUGAGAACUUAUAAAAUAUUGAUGUUACGUAUAUCAUUGCGAUACGCCGCACGAUUCAUUGUUUUUAGUUGAAAAAGAACCGAUAUGUCCUACAAUUGUUUUUAACAGUAUGUUGCCAAGCGGCCACGUAAAAUAUCCGGACGGACUACGACGUUUCCGUCCGACGCUGUUUUCUUUUUAUGUAUAGAUUCUUUUUUAUUCUACAUGAUUGACGGCUCUUAACGCCGCAGGCAUCUUGUUAAAAUUCAAAAUUUUUGCCAACACAACGACAAAAUAAAUGCGCCUUUUUUGAGAUUUAUCAAAUAUAUUGAAAAUUUUUGAUUUUUUUUUAUUUUGUUUUUCUAUGUGAUUGUACAUUUAUUGGAAGAUUGUAUGUAUGUAUGUACUUUAAAUUUUUCACAGCGAAAACUAGAGAUAAAAUUGCGUAUCAAAGUUAGAAUAUACAUAUGAGUGAGGAUUGCAAUUGAUAGUUGUCAAAAUCAUCGAGAAGAAAUGAACGUUUAGGACAACUAACUUUCGUUGUUUGUACGCAUACCUUUCGCCGAUUUCACGUAUUCAAAUGCUCAUUUUUUAGAACUCAUGAGGAUUAACGGGUAUCAAGCAGUUUUGUAAUUAAUUACAUAAAAAACUUUUACAACACAAUUGUCUCGUGUAGUUCUCUGAGAAUCUACAAGUGAAAUAAAUGCUACAGUACGAAAAUAAUUUAAAAAAUAUAGAUAUUCUGAUCAAAAACGAUAUAUUUAAAACUUUAUUUUGUUUUUAAUUACGUCUCCUCAAAACAUAUUUUUCGUGAUUGUGCAUUUGCUUAGUGAUGCCAUUAAAAUUUAUGCGUAGUCCAAUAAAGAUACAUUGUAUUCACAUUCAAUUAAUCUUUUCAAUAAUA